AUGUCAGUGAAGAAGCUCGUAGAGAUGAGGAGGUGGAAAUUUUGGCUACUCUUGAAUUUGAAGAGCCCAUCUUCAGUCCCGGGGAAGAGCACUCUAGCAGGCAAAGGCCAUUCAAGGCUAAGACAUAGCAGAAACAAAAAGAAUAGGAGAGGGUUAGGUGCGCUUUGCAAGGAGAUGGAGGCUUGCGGAGGAUAUUCAGACAUAAAGGUGAUGUGGGAGAUGGUUAACUCUUCUAAUCACCACCAUGCCAGAAACAUUCGAGGGAGAAGCAAAAGGCAGCUACAAUGGAAUUUCUGCUUCAGUCCAGCCUGA